AUGUCAGUUAAAUCAUUUUUUAAGGGGAAAAAAUGUAAUCUAGAUAUCUCAUUAGAAAGAUUUAAAGUACCUGAAAAAUAUAUUUUAAAAAGUUCUAAUUUUAGAUUUGAUAUUGUAAGGCCAACAGAUAAAAAAUCAUCUUGUUUUACCAAA